AUGCGGAGGACAAACCAUCAUGAGCAGAGUGACCGGCGCAGCAACAACUGCAUCAGCCCCGUGGCCGAGUUGGAUAGCAAGCUUCGCAACCCCCAGAGACGCCGGGUUCCUGUUGCAUGCGGCCGGUGUCGACGGAGAAAGAUCAAAUGCAGCGGUGACAACGGCGACGGCCAUGCCUGCUCCAACUGCCGGAGUGCAGGCAAUACGGACUGUCAGUUCUUACGAAUGAAAGCCAAGACAUUCAAUGAGAUGCAUGAGAUGCUUGUCACUUCCAAUGGAUGGCAGUGUUCUAUGGGAAACCAGAUUGCACCCUCGCCCCGGGCAGGGAUAUACGCAGCCCACGCACCAGGCAAACAAACACUUCUCUCGAUGGGCUCGCCCCAGACACGAAUAGCUGAACUCACUCAUCCUGCCGAAUACGACGUGGGUGCAGUCAAUGUCCAACAUAGACUCCCGCGCUUGUCAGUUGGUGUAGACCAUCCUCUUCACUACGACGACGAGCAGUCUGCCAACUACAGCACUCAGUCACAGCAUAAUAUGCUGCCCAGCAGCAUCAUGGACUACGGAGCGCCCGCAUGGAGUCCCAAGGCAUGGAGCUCCAUGUUCAAUACCAGCAGAGGCACCACCGGUGAAUGUACCUACCCCGAUUCGGAAACCAAUGGCUCUAUCUCUGGAUACAACUACGUGCUUCCCAGUCAAGGAAUUUCAGUCACAGAGAUGUCUCACUCAUCCAUGGCAUCUGCCUCAUCAGCAGAGGCCCCCGGAAUAACUCUCCCCACGCUGACGUGCCGGACCCAGCAACUCCAGACCGGACUGGCCAGUCUUCCCGAGGUCGUCUCCAGCGUGCCUCUAUCAUCAGAAUACAAGAGCUCCUUCUGGAAUUCCCGAUGCGGCGCAUCCCCCACUCAGCGAGCAACUCCUAUACUCCGCAGCAACGACACCUCUCUCAGCACGAGUCCCUCAUCCACCCGCAUCAAGCCCGACACCAAUAGUGUCCCCGAUCUCGCCUUCGGAUACCUCCCGAUGCCAACCACAACCGACGACGCCACUCCCUCUCUCUCGUCGGGCGCACCCUCUGUACCAUCCUCCGCAAGCAGCAGCAACUGCCCCUAUCCAGGCCCGGAGCAGAUCAUUUCCUCAUCUUCCCCGCCAACAGACACCCGCAUGGCACGCAGUUUCUCUCGCAACUACACAAGCAACAACAAUAGUGGCCAACAGCGUCUCUUGGCUCUGAACACAGACUGCAACUUGGGGAUAUACGGGUAUGCCAGCAGCAACCGGAGUAAAAGGAGCAGCACUGACGCUGGCGAUACUCGUUGCUCGGCUCCCACGCUGUUGAACGGUCUGCCCUACACCCGAGUCCGGCACGCUGAUUCGCCCAACGCGGCGUUUUCGUUUAAUCUCUUGCCCACGGAUUCGCUGGCGGAGUAUUCCCGUUCAAUGGCUGUGAAUAUGAAUCGGUCUUCUGUUUCUCCUUUGGGGAAUCAGGGUUAUUGA